AUGGUUUCAUCCGCGCAUAUUCGCCUCUUCCGAACGAUGUCGGAAUUGACCAAACAACCUUUCUUGAAUUCAUCGACAACUUCAAUUAAGCAGUGCGACCAGGGGUUUAAUCCAAGCCCUAAAACUCGCUUCCAUUGCUGGACUCGCAACUCCCGAUCAUAUUAGUAUUCUUAUUAGCGUCGCUGUUCAAAUAGCCACGAAUAUCGCCGACGAGAUUCACAGCCGCGGUACAACAAACACCUCCCUCGAUAAGAUCAACGACUCUUUCUUCGCACCUCGCGGCCUCAUCGCCCUUAUUAUAUCUUGGAAACCCAACGAGCAUAACGAGCUCGUCACGAUCUACGAUUUCGAUAUGACCCCCGCUGUAUCUUUGGCUUUGAACAACAGCAAUUGCACGAGCCGUAGGAUCAAGAAGGUCAACCACAAAUUCAAGAUGUGA